AUGAAAUUGUCACCUUUUCAGUCGUUCCACCAAGGGAUAGGGCUAAUGCUCUCUGAAGAUCCUUACAUCGACCUAAGGAAAGCUCCUGAUGCGCGAGACUUGGAUCUACCACACCCGGCUCUUUCGGACUGCCAUUACCGACUGGCCGAGAUUUUAAAUGCACCCGGGAUGGCGGAUUUUAUCGAUCACCAUCUCCAGGAUUGGGAGAAUUUCAAAGGCAUUUGUGAGGUGCUCCGCGAAGAUGGUGGUACUGAUGUGGGAUUUCUUCUCCAAGCUGGUCUGUUGGGUCUUGUCAUCGGAUAG